UUUGUCGAUGCUUACUUCGAGACAUGGCAGCCGCUUUACCCUUUCCUCAACGAGGAUGAUAUUGUAGGCAGCCUCGAUGCCUUGUUCACGAGACAACCUCCAUCUACACAUUCGCUGCAGAAGCCCCAGCUGCGCGAUAUUGAAGCCGCUUUAUCCCCAUUUCAUGCAGUCCAACUGCUCCUCGUUGUCGCGCUGGGUGCGCGUAGGGUGGAAGGACGUCUCUCCUCUGAUUUUGAGUCCGCUCGGUAUCUAGCGACGGCCAUGUCCCGUUUAGACCGACUUACUCUACAUGAUAGCCUCGAGGGGUUGCAGACAAUGCUUCUGCUAACUUUGUCCGGAUUCUGUUUCGAGCACGGGCCUAACGCAUGGUUUCUGAGCCAGAACAUCAUUACAACCUGUCUUGAUCUAGGUUUCCAAAGGCGGUGGCAAGAGCGUCCGCCACAUAAUGCGUCUCUCGAGUUAGUUGGUCAAUAUCAGGUCCGCCGGGACCUUCGACGGGCCAUAUUCUGGUCGGCAUAUUCGAUCGAAAGAAGGCUCGCGGUCAUCCUUGGUCGGCCACUCACACUUCGCGAUGAGGCCAUCGAUGUACAAUUUCCUGGCGUCGAGAUGGAUGCAGUUAACGACGCCUCGUCGGGUUUACAGUCUCCCAUGAACUCGGCCAAACGGAUGCGAGUGGAGACAUCGCCGUACAAGGCGGCACAGUACUCCUUCCGAUUCGACCAGAUCAUAGCAGAGAUCAAACUGAUGCUCUACCGCGUCGUGAACAAGCCAGACGCAUUCCCCUGGCCAGCAGACGUCACGGAGUGGCAGGAAAAGUGCCACAAGCGCCUGGACGAGCUGUUCGAGCGCCUGAGCCACGAUCUGAGGUGGCGGUCCCGCCGCCGCAACGCCGACGGUAUCGCGCAAAGGCUCGAGCUCAAGUACCACCACUGCCUGAUGCUCCUGCACCGGCCGUCGCCGGCGACCCCCAGGCCGCGGGCCGAAUCGUGGAAGGCGUGUUACGAGAGCGCGUCCCAGACCAUCAUCAUCCACUCGGACAUGCACCGCUUCUCGACGCUGCCGCACACCUGGCUGACGGCGCACACGGUCUUUGUCAGCGGCAUCACGUUCCUGUACUGUCUGUGGGUCAACGCCGCGGUCAAGGAGGGGACGUCGGCGGACGAGUUCUCGCGGAUCGCGUCCGCGUGCUCGGCGCUGCUCAAGGUGCUGGGCCGGGCGUGGAGUGUCGCUGCCGAUGCGGUGGAGAAGUUUGACAGGCUUGUGUCGCUGACCGAGUCGUCGUGGAGCUCGUGGAAGGAGGCGCAGGCUGAGCGGCGCACUGAGAUCGCCGUCGGCGCUUCCCUUGUGUCUCUGGCUCAGGACGGUGCUGUUGCCGAUUCUGCCACUGCUGUGAAUCAGUCUGAUGUUUUUGAUGAUGUCGAGGGCUUCGAUCUGGUCGAGCCCGAGUUCUUUCUCUCCGAACUCGGGGAUAUGUCCUCGUGGUUCGAUUUGGACUGGAUUGGCGAGGGAGGCUUGAAUUUCGAUCAAAACAAUUCCGCGUAUCCCCCUCUAUAA